GCAAAUCCAAUCCCGCCGAUGGCCCAUCCAGAGGAAAAUACGGACAAGAACACCUUCUACUACCUCCCGCCCAUGUUCCACAAGAAAUCAGACACCUUGUCAUCGACACGUCAAGUCCUCUUACCCCCACAGAGCUCCGUUUAUUCCGUGAUGGGCAGUACUCCACUCCUGCUGCCAAAGUCAUCAAUAGAACCCUUAUCCGCCAACAAGCGUUCAAAAGAGCUAGAGCAUCCUGCAUCGAAGAAGAUAAAAUUAUCUUCAACGCCAUCUCUCAGUAGCCCUGUAACCAUGCACCCUCGUUUCAACGCCCCAUUACCAUCAUUGACCGCAGCAACCCCAGCUAACUCCAUCCCAAUGCGUUAUAAACCAGGACUGGUUCCCUGCCCUUCACUCCUAAGACCUCACUGCUUAGCUCGUGAGAGACUUUGCAAAUGGUUACCAGCAGGAGGGAAGGCAUGUAACCAUACAUCUUUGUCACCCGAGACUCAGAACAUUAACGUAUCUGAUGAACAAUUAGAUCAUAUCUUAGAAGUAAUAGGGUCAUCGUGGGCU